GUCUCUGACUACGAGCCCUGGAAACCCGACCCCUUAAGUGAGCCCUGGAGGGCAGCUCUGGACGAGGUUUGGCUCAAAUACUGUACCGAUCACUACCCCAACGGUGUUUGUGCUGUGUUUGGGUUUAGUAAAAACGGACAAAUCAGUCUCACGGCCUGUAUUGAAGGACAUACCUAUCAGCCCAAGAACUACUGCAACGGAAAGUGGCGUUCCGUAUGGAGUGUUGUGUUCGAGGGGUCGGGUUCUCGAGCGGAGCUGAAGGGAGUCAUCAAAGCGCAGGUCCACUACUAUGAAGACGGAAACGUUCAGUUCUUCAGCUCUAAAGACAUUCAAAAACAGAUUACGAUUUCUAAUGAGAAGCAAACGGCAGAAGAGAUGAGACGUUUGGUGGAAGAGGCGGAGAGUGAGUACCAGACGGCCGUAUCGGACAACUACCGGACUAUGUCGGAGACCACUUUCAAAGCCCUACGGCGGGCACUGCCGGUCAUACAGCAGAAGCUCGAUUGGAACCGAUUAACCGUGAGACCAUUUGUGAGCCAAAGUUGCGCUCAACUCAGACACAACUUCUCGACGAGCGCUUCCCGACAGCGCGUGGAGAAUGUGUUGAUCAUCGGCGGCGGUCUCAUGGGCUCCGGGAUCGCCCAGUCGUGCGCCACGUCCGGCAAAUUCAACACAAUUACUCUGCAAGACGUGAACCAAAAGCAAUUGGAGAUCUCGAGGAAAGGCAUCGAAAGCAGUGUUCAGAAACUGCACUCAAAAAAGCUCAUAAACAUCGAGAGCGUCGACAAAGCCGUCAAUUCUAUUCAUUUCACGCAAAAGAUUGAACCGAAAGCCGAUAAAAACCUUCUGAUAGUCGAAGCGAUUCCCGAACUCCUUGACGCCAAACAGAAGAUCUUCGCCAAUCUCAGCCAACAGUUCAAAGGCAACGAUUCGGUGAUAUUCGUGACCAACACGUCCUCUCUGUCGGUGCAGGAGAUUGGCGUCAAUGUGGAGGCGCAGGAACGGUACGGAGGACUCCACUUCUUCAAUCCGGUGCCACUCAUGAGACUCGUGGAGAUCAUCAAAAACGUGACCACAAGUCAGCAAACGGUGGACGCGCUGAAGGAGUUCGUGGCCGACAUCCAGAAAGUGAGCGUUUUGUGCAAAGACACGCCCGGAUUCAUCGUCAACCGACUCCUCAUUCCCUACUCGGGGGAAGCCGUCAAAAUGGUGGAGAGGGGCGACGCCUCCUUCCAGGACGUGGACACAGCCAUGAAGUUGGGCGCCGGCUAUCCGAUGGGACCGUUCGAGUUGAUGGAUAUGACAGGUCUGGACACCGGGAAGUUCAUUACCGACGCCUGGGCUAAAAGGAAAGACUCGUCGCUCCCGGAAAUGACUGAAUCCAAACUCGUCAACAAACUGGUGUCCGAGGGAAGGCUGGGACGCAAGAGCGGGAAAGGAUGUGUUUUUGGUUUGAUUUUGAUAUUAGUUUUCAUUUACGAGACUAAUUGCGGAUCCAAUGAGACGACAAUCAAAGGCUGCGAGGGAAAGGUGUGCAGCGAUGGGAAGCGGUGCGUCUGUCAGAACCCGUGUCCGCCGACGUGUCGGAACCCGAAACCCAAUCCGUGCAACACUUUCUGGUGUAACCCUAACUGCUAUUUGGUGUGCGAUGGGAGAGAAGUGUUGGACGAGAAGACCGGUCGUUGCAAACCACUCAAUGAGUGCUGAUUUCAAUGCGAAUAAAAUGCUAAC